GUCGCAGCAUCCAUCCACCCCACUCCUACCCGUCGCAUAGAACAGCCCAUUUUAAUGUUGCCAUCAUCAUAGGACGAGUGCGGUAAGCGAGAAAUCGUUUCAGCAUGUAGACCCAAAUUCUUGCUCACCAAUUGGAGCUUAUGCUGUAUUAUCAAUUAGACGAAAAAAUUACACCAACGAGAAUAAUUGGGACCAACGACCAGAAUAACAGUAAAAUAUCAAAUAGCUACCUGCGGUCCUUAACCGUUAAUUUAUGCAAACACGCUAAUAUCUGCCUUCCAUCAAAUAAUUUUAUUCCGCAUUAGAGGAAUUCCACAUAGACGUCUGCACAAUUCUGUGCUAUACAUUGUUAUUUCCUGACCAGAAACAACAGAUGGAACAUCACGUCGGUAUAGUCUACAUCCUUCAAACGUUUUUGUCUGUCGGAUAUGAAGUGAAUUUAAAAGUAAAGAACAUUGGAUUUCCUGUUUUUCUAAACUCUCCUUUGACGUMCUUGGACAUGGCCGGCCUUUAGGUGAAUCCUACACUGCACCUGCCAAAGCAUCUUUCUCUUCACCUCCAAACGCUUGAGCUCUUCUUUCUGUUUUUCUCCUUACAAAUAUCUGUUUCUAUGGAUUGGUAUCCCCCUUAUCAUUUUGUUUGAUUCUCUUUUCUCUUCUGGGGUUUUGAGACAGACCAGAUUAAGGUCUUUGGUGGAAUAAACCACCGACAAAUCACACAACAAAAACAUUUCCAAAUGUUCUUCCACACAUGCCCUGAUAUGGAGAAUCAUAGAAGGGGCAAAGGAGGGAGUGGCAUGGGGGAACAUUAAUCUAAAAAUCACAUAGUCAAGCAUUUCCUACCCUGGCCUAUCCUGGCCUACCCUGGCCCUUUUCAAAGAAGUCCAUCAAAGAAUCAUUGUUUUUUGAAGAAUCAAUACACUUCUAUUACCACACAUUAUCAUGGGGGACUUAGCCAAUAGUUCGGUGGAGUUCAAACCCAAGAAGCGAGGUAGUGGAGGGGGAACAGAGGUCAACCAUGCAGGGGACUUUGGGGCCACCCUGGAGGACCUGCGGGACCUUAUGGAGCUGAGAGGUGCAGAGGCCAUUCAGAAGAUCCAGGAGAACUACACGGACACAGAGGGCCUCUGUCAGAGACUGAAGACCUCCCCAGCCGAUGGCCUAUCGGACAACCCGUCAGACCUAGAGAAGCGUGGUCAGGUGUUUGGCCAGAACUUUAUCCCUCCUAAGAAGGCCAAGUCGUUCCUGGAGCUGGUCUGGGAGGCCCUACAGGAUGUAACUCUUAUCAUCCUAGAGAUAGCUGCCAUCAUCUCCCUCGCACUGUCCUUCUACCAACCGCCUGGAGAGGAGAGCGAAGGUAGCCACAGGGAUCUGGAUGACGGUGCCAUUCCGCACCACGGCAAAUCGCUGCUCCUGCUCAAUGCGGCUCUGCAGCCCCCGGAACUGCUUCUCUUGCUCCAGUCGUUAAAGGCCGUCACAGCACUACGCAGACGACAGACAGCAAGAUGGCCGCGCCCUCAAUCCAGCCAGCCUCCGCUCGCCUCGUCCUCUGCACCGGAUGCCACAUUCCCACACGCUGCAGAGAGAAGAAAUAGGAAGAAAGAUAGAGCAGAGGAGAAAGAAAAGGAGCACUCAUCCUGCAGGCAGAAGCUACUGGCGCCCAACGGAACUCAUGUGAUGGAAGGCUCAGGAAAGAUGCUAGUUACUGCUGUGGGGAUCAACUCUCCAACUGGAAUCAUCUUCACUCUACUGGGGGCUGGAGAGGGGGGGGGAGAUGAGAAGAAAGACAAGAAAGGCAAGCAAGAUGGGACACUGGAAAACAAUCAGAACAAAGCCAAGAAACAGGAUGAGGCUGUUGCCAUGGAGAUGCAGCCCCUGAAGAGCGCUGAAGGUGGGGAGGUGGAAGCGGAGAAGAAAAAGGGCAACGUGCCUAAAAAAGAGAAGUCUGUGCUCCAGGGCAAACUCACUAAACUGGCCGUGCAGAUCGGGAAGGCAGGUCUGGUCAUGUCAGCCAUCACAGUGAUCAUCCUGGUGAUGUACUUUGUGAUUGAGACCUUUGUGGUGCAGGGCCGGGAGUGGCUCACUGAGUGUACACCUGUCUAUGUGCAGUACUUUGUCAAGUUCUUCAUCAUCGGCGUCACAGUGCUGGUGGUGGCUGUGCCUGAGGGGCUGCCACUGGCUGUUACUAUAUCACUGGCCUACUCUGUCAAGAAAAUGAUGAAGGACAAUAACUUGGUGCGCCACCUGGAUGCCUGUGAGACCAUGGGCAAUGCCACGGCCAUCUGCUCCGACAAGACAGGCACCCUCACUACCAACCGAAUGACCGUGGUGCAGGCCUACGCGGGCGACCAGCACUUCCACAAGGUCCCACACCCUGACCAGAUGAAUCCUAAAGUGCUGGACACGCUCGUCAACGCCAUAGCUGUCAACAGCGCCUACACCUCCAAGAUUAUGCCCCCGGAUAAGGAGGGAGGCCUACCCAAGCAGGUGGGCAACAAGACAGAGUGUGCACUACUUGGCUUCAUCCUGGACCUGAAGAGGGACUAUGCCCCUGUGAGGGAACAGAUCCCUGAGGAGAAGCUCUACAAGGUCUACACCUUCAACUCUGUGCGCAAGUCCAUGAGCACGGUGGUGCAGCUGCCUGAUGGAUCCUUCCGCCUCUACAGCAAGGGGGCCUCUGAGAUCCUGCUCAAGAAAUGCUCCUCUAUCAUGGCUGGUGGUGGCGAUCCACGGGGUUUCCGCCCGCGGGACAGGGACGAGAUGGUGAAGAAGGUGAUCGAGCCCAUGGCCUGCGACGGCCUGCGCACCAUCUGCGUGGCCUACAAGGACCUGCCGGCCAGCCCUGAGCCUGACUGGGAGGACGAGGCUGGCAUCGUCAGUGACCUCAUCUGUAUCACAGUGGUGGGCAUCGAGGACCCUGUCCGCCCAGAGGUCCCAGAUGCUAUCAAGAAAUGCCAGCGGGCAGGUAUCACUGUGCGUAUGGUGACAGGUGACAACAUCAACACAGCGCGCGCCAUCGCUGCCAAGUGUGGCAUCAUCCAGCCUGGGGAUGACUUCCUGUGUAUAGACGGGAAGGAAUUCAACCGACGAAUCAGAAAUGAGAAAGGAGAGGUUGAGCAGGAGCGCAUUGAUAAGGUUUGGCCCAAACUAAGAGUUCUGGCUAGGUCCUCACCUACAGACAAACAUACACUGGUCAAAGGCAUCAUAGACAGCACCGUACUGGAGCAGCGGCAGGUAGUGGCAGUGACAGGGGACGGGACAAACGACGGACCUGCCCUGAAGAAGGCCGAUGUUGGCUUUGCCAUGGGCAUCGCUGGUACUGACGUAGCCAAGGAAGCCUCUGACAUCAUCCUGACUGAUGACAACUUCUCUAGCAUUGUGAAGGCAGUCAUGUGGGGCCGCAACGUCUAUGACAGCAUCUCCAAGUUCCUCCAGUUCCAGCUCACUGUCAACGUGGUGGCUGUCAUCGUGGCCUUCACCGGCGCCUGUAUCACACAGGACUCUCCCCUGAAGGCUGUCCAGAUGUUAUGGGUGAACCUGAUCAUGGACACCUUUGCCUCCCUGGCCCUAGCCACUGAGCCGCCCACUGAGUCCCUGCUCCUGAGGAAGCCUUAUGGCCGCAACAACCCCCUCAUCUCCCGGACCAUGAUGAAGAACAUCCUGGGCCAUGCCAUCUACCAGCUCACCAUUAUCUUCACCCUGCUGUUUGCAGGAGAGAACAUCUUCAACAUUGAUAGUGGACGCAACGCCCCUCUGCACUCUCCCCCCUCCGAGCACUACACUAUCAUCUUCAACACCUUUGUGCUCAUGCAACUGUUCAACGAGAUCAAUGCCCGUAAGAUCCACGGUGAAAGGAACGUUUUUGACGGCAUAUUCCACAACCCUAUUUUCUGCAGUAUUGUGCUGGGGACUUUUUUAAUGCAGUUUGUGAUUGUGCAGUUUGGGGGGAAACCUUUCAGCUGCACACCACUCAAUGUGGAGCAGUGGCUGUGGUGUCUGCUCGUGGGAGUAGGAGAGCUGCUGUGGGGACAGCUCAUCACCACGGUACCCACCAGCCGCCUGCCCUGUCUGAAGGAGGCGGGUCAUGCGCUCGGUAAGGAGGAGAUGAUUGAUGAUGACAUGGCAGAUGAUGAGCAAGAGAUUGACCAUGCCGAGAGGGAGCUGCGUCGAGGGCAGAUCCUCUGGUUCAGGGGCCUCAAUCGCAUUCAAACUCAGAUGGAGGUAGUGAGUACCUUCAAGAGAAGUGGUUCCUUUCAGGGUGCUGCGCGACGUCGCUCCUCAGUUCUCAGCCAACUCCAUGACAUCCAAGUGGUGAAAGCAUUCCGUAGUCCACUUUAUGAUGGCAUUGAGAAGCCGGAAUCCAAGAACUCCAUCCACGACUUCAUGGCACACCCGGAAUUUCUCAUCAAUGACUCGGUCCACAACAUCCCCUUGAUUGACGAGACAGACAUUGAAACCGAAGAAUCAGAGCGCUCAGACUGCAACAACGUUCGCCUGGCUCUUCGUCAAGCUCCUCCCCUUGCCAAGCCCCCUCAGCCACCCUCUCGCCACCGCUCCGCCUCCCGCCCCACCCCCUACCGCCAGCAGAGCCUCCCCGUUACACUCAACUGCAACAACAACGCCACUGCUGCUGCUGAGAAUGGAGAUCAUCUGACCCCAAAAGAUGCAAGACUACCAGCUGCUUCUCUCUGCCGCCCCGCCAGCCCAUUGCACAACGUGGAGACCUGUUUAUAACUACGAUCUGGGGACAUGGUUGAUAAGAAGGGAGAGGAAACACCGAUGACUUUGAUGGACAUGGAUGUAACCCAACAAAGAGGGAAUGAAGAUGAACUGGACACGGAAAGAGAAAGUAUUACCUGGAAAUAACAUUGUAUAGACCGAUGGUUUUAUGGAUUGUUUCGUUGCCCGACCUUUCCCCCCACAGCCACUGCUUUUAGCCUGCACUCUCUGCUUCAAAGCACUCUCAAAUCCUCACAAAAAGCUCCACAGUCCAACGAUGCUAACCCCACCAGACUCUGAUAAAGACACUUUUGAAAUGUAUAUCUAGGCACGCAAUAGAGGAGUGAUUGGUGUAGUAGAGACAAGAAUGAACUGGAAUUGAUUAUUUUCCUUUUGAUUGAAAUGAUGAAAGACUCAAUGGAAAGUGGAAUGGGGUUAAUUCAUUCGGCUUUUUAAAAAUAUUAUUGUCCAAAUUAUUACUGUUGUUAUUACUACUGCAAUUACUACUACAAUUAUUAUAUUCCAGUUAAUGAUGCUUCAUUGAUUAGCUUUAUCUAUCCAUGUAUGUAUGUAUGAUGUAUGUUUGUAUGUAUUGUUUGUUUGCUUAACUGCUGUAUUUGUCUCCUUGUAUUUCUGUUUUUAUAUACUCCUUCUGGUCAUGUCCUUCUUUUCCUUUUCUGUGUUUACAUGUGUUGUGUAUGUCUUGAAAAAGAAAAAAAGAAAUAUAACUAUAGAAAUAAAUUUAUAAACAUACAACAACUUCAAAACACAAAAAGGUAACAAUAUAGUACAUCUGCUAUUAAAACAAAGUCACAAAUUAAAAGUAGUACUCAUGGUUUUGGUUCUUCUCUUCAUGUAGAUAUGUCUUGAAUUAAGUUAUUUAUUUGGACACUACCAUGAACAGAGGGGACAACUUAACUGAGUAUUCAAAAUAUUAAGUUGCGCAUAAAGAUUAAAGGAAUUUAUUUAAGUUAU